UGAUGACGCCAUCACCGCGCGCCGUCCCGGCCGCUCCCUCCCCGUCGUCGCCGCCGCCGCCGCCGCCGCGGGCCGGAACCGGAGCGCGGCCGCUCCCCGCACAUGCGCAGUGCGGCGCCCGCCGCUAGGCCCGGGCCUGCCGUCAGCCCGGGCCCGGGACGCUCAGGCUCGGCGGCCGCCGCCCGGCGGGAGGCCAUGGGCACGGCGAAGGCCAGGUGUCUCGGGAGAACUGCGCUUUUGUAUUACAAGGAUUAAGUGGCACCCAGGAACAGCAGCGGAUUAUCGACCUGCUGGGUGGAUGGCAGCGCCAUUAACGAUGUCCCUUCCUUCCUGGAAACUCAGCAAAGAGCUAGCGUUCCCAGGCUGUCGGAGCUCUUCCAUGUUAACGGAUGAUAUUUGCUAUGUGCCCUGUAAGUCCUGCCCUGGGACUCGGUGAGCGGUGGGGUGCCCGAUGCCUGUAAUCCCCAUUCCCCGCCGGGUCCGCUCGUUCCACGGCCCCCACACGACCUGCCUGCACUCGGCCUGUGGCCCGGUAAGGACCACUCACUUGGUGCGCACCAAGUACAACAAUUUUGACAUCUAUCUGAAAUCCCGAUGGAUGUACGGAUUCAUUCGUUUCCUGCUGUACUUCAGCUGCAGCCUGUUUACCUCCAUCCUCUGGGUGGCACUCUCUAUCUUGUUUUGCCUUCAGUACCUUGGCAUCCGGAUCUUUCUGCGUUUCCAGUACAAACUCUCCAUCAUCCUCCUCUUACUGGGGCGGAGGCGGGUAGACUUCAGCCUCAUGAAUGAACUGCUCAUCUACGGAAUUCAUGUGACCAUGCUGCUAGUGGGGGGGCUGGGAUGGUGUUUCAUGGUGUUUGUGGAUAUGUAAAUAAACCAAGCGCAUGUGGGCCAAGAAGGUGACUGUUCUUCUACCCCCAAAUGUGUCAAUUACCCUCUUUUCUUUUUUAUAUAAAUUAAUUUAUUUAUCAGUGCUACUUUUUAUUGAUAAAUUAAUGUACUUGUCUCUGGAAUUUGUAUUUUUUUUGGAGGGUUAAGGUGCCAUUUUGAUGAUCGAAGUGCAACUCUCGACUGGGUGUUUUAUCUUGGCGUAGUGCAAGUUAAUAGACAUUUCUUCUUGUCCGUAGGCGCCUGCCUUUGCUGCUGUUCCUGUAUCCCUGUAGGCAUGGAAAAAGCAGUGGUUUUUCUGGAGGGAAAGAAGCCAGAUAACUUUGCACCCCACGCUCUGAAUUGGUCUUUACCCUUUUUAAAAAAAACGUUCCUCCAUGUCUCAGGCAUGUAAUGUGUAUCCUGUUUGAGCGGUGCUGUCCUUUCUCUGUGUAGUUUGCCUAUUCCCAACUGAGAAUACAGGGCCGAAUUCAACA